AUGAGCUCGAAUCGAAUUCAGCGAAUCGUCAAAUGGGUGCCGGUUGCGGGAAAAAUGACGAGAAUUUCGAUAAUGGGCGAAGACGUUGGCGAGAAUUGCACCAUGGUGUCGAAUUUGGGCGCAGCGGAGAAUCGCGUUGUGAUUCUGAUGAUUCCCGGAAAUCCUGGAAAUGAGGGAUUUUACGCGCAUUUUGGACGAGAGCUUCUCAACAAUAUUUUAAAGGAGCAGCAUUCUCGCGGCCGCCGCUUCCUCUUCUACACGGUGUCGAGCCUGAAUCACGUGCGAAUGCCCGAUGAGCUGCAGCGAGUCGGCGAGCACGAGAAUCACGAUUUGUUCUCGUUGGACGAGCAAGUCGACCACAAACUCAAUUUCGUUCGUCAAUUUUUGCCGCGCGCCCAACAGAUUUACAUUUUUGGGCACAGCAUUGGCUCGUAUAUGAUGUUGAGAAUCCUUCCGCAAGUGAUCGCCGAUGGAUUCAAUGUCGUCAAAGCGGUCGCGUUGUUUCCGACGAUCGAGCGAAUGGCGGAAUCGCCGAACGGAAAACGCCUCGGAUCGACGCUGGCGGUUUUGAGUCGGCACGAUUGGCUCGCAAAAUUGUUGUCGUUUUGGGUGGAUUUCAUGCCGACGUCGAUGCGAAAAUUUCUCGUUCGUCUCAAUUUGCGCGAUCCGUCGAUUCCGACGGAGAUCGUCGACGCGGCGACGGAGAUUGUCGGAAUGAACGUGUUCCGCAACAUCGUGCACAUGUCGAACGAUGAGCUCGAGCAGGUUGUCGAGCUCGACGAGAGCCUCAUCGAGCACAACGAUCGAAUUCAUUUCUAUUAUGGUGUCAAAGAUGGAUGGUGUCCGAUUCGGCAUGGUCGCGAUAUGCUCGAGCGUCUCGGCGAUGAGCACGUCACACUCGACGAGCACGAUUGUGAGCACGCGUUCGUCAUCAAAGAGGGCGAGAUCGUCGCGCGUAUCGUCGCCGAUUAUUUCCAUUAA